GGUUGCCAACGGCCUGCGGAGCAACAUGCCUAAGUUUUAUUGUGACUACUGUGAUACGUAUCUUACCCAUGAUUCUCCAUCUGUGAGAAAGACGCACUGCAGCGGUCGGAAGCACAAGGAGAACGUGAAAGACUACUACCAGAAAUGGAUGGAAGAGCAGGCCCAGAGCCUGAUUGACAAAACAACGGCUGCAUUUCAACAAGGAAAGAUACCUCCAGCUCCAUUCUCUGCUCCUCCUCCUGCAGGGGCCAUGAUCCCGCCUCCCCCGAGUCUCCCGGGUCCUCCUCGCCCUGGCAUGAUGCCUGCACCCCACAUGGGAGGCCCUCCCAUGAUGCCGAUGAUGGGUCCUCCUCCUCCUGGGAUGAUGCCCGUGGGACCUGCUCCUGGAAUGAGGCCUCCCAUGGGUGGCCACAUGCCCAUGAUGCCCGGACCUCCAAUGAUGAGACCCCCUGCUCGCCCUAUGAUGGUGCCCACACGGCCUGGCAUGACUCGGCCGGACAGAUAAAAGCGGAAAGGCUCUUUUUCGGUUUUGUAUUUCUUAUUCUGUUUCAGCAGUUGAUCACGGUGCUGAGCCUGGGUGU